AUGGCCGGACUGAGCAGCAAGAGCUUCGUGCCCGUCGCCCUGCUGGGGCUCCUGGCGCUGCUCCUCUGCGGCCUCUCGGAAGCACAAAGCAACCAGGACUGCUGCCUGUCGUACACCAAAGCGCGCCUGCCCCGCUGGGCCUUGAAGGGCUACACCGAACAGCUCUCCAGCGAGGUCUGCGAUAUCCACGCCAUCAUUUUCCACACCUACAGUGGGCUGAAGGCCUGUGUAAAUCCUAGGGAAGGCUGGGUGAAGAAGCACCUUCUUUUCCUGAGCCACAAGCUCAAGAAGAUGUCCAUGUGA